AUGAAGGAAACUAUCGAUGAAACACUGAAAAAGUUUGGGCGUUUGGAUGUACUGGUAAGAGUGAGGGCACUACUCGUAAUUUUCUCUAAGCUUGUCAAUAAUGCCGGUGGUUCAUCUCCCGAUAGCACUUUGGAGGGUAAUGAGCUUGACGGUGAUCUAAGCAAAUUCGAAUACGCAUGGGAACUGAACACAAGAAGUGCACAAAGGCAGCUUUUUAGUAUACUACGUCUCUGCCAACUUGCUUUUCCUCAUCUCGUUAAAACAAAAGGAGAAGUAGUGAAUGUGAGCAGUAUUGCCGGAAAGCCUAAUGGAUGUGCAGCUCAGGAUCAGCUUACCAGAAAUCUUGCUAUUUAUUACAUCACGAAAGGGGUCCGUGUUAAUAUCGAAGGCUUCUACCUUCUAGUCCUUUUAAUAUUCAGUGAAACCAUGCUUUUCAGCCCGGGCUGCAUCUCAACCAAUAUUUGGAAAGGUCAUGGCUUCACUGAUGAAAUGGUCAAAAAAGUAAAAGCUUUGGCUUCAAAACACAGACUCAUUCCUUACCAAUGUAUUGGUAAAUCUGAAGACGUGGCGGAAGCUAUCUUAUCAAAUUAUAUCGUUGGUCAUCAGCUGGUCAUAGACGGUGGAGCAUCUCUGCAAAUGCCCCUGAUUGCAGAAAGUCCCGAAAUCCUUGGUGAGGUACUAGGCAUGGCCGCUCCCAAGGAAUGA